AUGAGGCUCGACGUCAAGCGUCAGCUGUACGCUCGCAGCGAGCGAGUGAAGGGAAUUGACUUCCAUCCUCAAGAGCCAUGGAUCCUCACAACGCUGUACAGCGGCCACGUCUACAUCUGGUCCUACGAAACGCAACAGAUUGUCAAGACCUUUGAGCUGACAGACGUCCCCGUCCGCGCGGGUCGAUUUAUUGCUCGCAAGAACUGGAUCGUCUGCGGCUCUGACGACUUCCAGAUGCGCGUGUACAACUACAACACAUCGGAGAAGAUCACUUCGUUCGAGGCGCAUCCCGACUACAUUCGAGCCAUUGCCGUCCACCCCACGCAGCCCUUCGUGCUGACCGCCUCCGAUGACAUGACCAUUAAGCUCUGGGACUGGGAGAAGGGAUGGAAAUGUGUGCGUGUCUUUGAGGGCCACAGCCACUAUGUCAUGGGGUUGUCCAUCAACCCCAAGGACACCAACACGUUUGCGUCAGCUUGCUUGGACCGAACCGUCAAGAUCUGGAGUCUCGGCUCGCCAACAGCCAACUUCACCCUCGAAGCCCACGAGACCAAGGGUGUCAACCACGUCGACUACUACCCUCACUCAGACAAGCCCUACAUCCUCACCACCUCGGACGAUCGGACGGUCAAAAUCUGGGACUACACAACCAAGUCCCUGAUCGCCACCCUCGAGGGCCACACAAGCAACGUUUCUUUUGCUUGCUAUCACCCCGAGCUGCCAGUCAUCAUCUCCGGUUCCGAAGAUGGUACCAUCCGCAUCUGGCACGCCAACACAUACCGCUUUGAGCAAUCACUCAAUUACAGCCUGGAGCGCGCUUGGUGCGUCUCAUAUCAAAAGGGCAAGCAGGGCAUCGCGGUUGGUUUCGACGAUGGUGCAGUCGUCGUCAAGCUUGGUCGCGAGGAGCCUGCUGUGUCCAUGGACUCCUCUGGCAAGCUCAUCUGGGCCAGACACAAUGAGGUUGUGUCCUCGAUCAUCAAAGGCGGAGAUGCCUCCAUCAAGGACAACGAGCCCAUCAGUCUGCCGACCAAAGAUCUCGGCACCUGCGAAGUCUACCCGCAAACACUCCUCCACUCCCCGAACGGUCGAUUUGUCUCGGUUUGCGGUGAUGGCGAGUACAUCAUUUACACUGCUCUCGCAUGGCGCAACAAGGCGUUCGGCUCAGCUCUCGACUUUGUUUGGGCGUCCAAGGAGAACAGCAACGACUUUGCCAUUCGCGAGUCUUCCAUGAGCGUCAAGGUGUACAAGAACUUUGUGGAAAAGAGCGGAGGGCUCGAUGUCGGGUUCCAGGCCGAUGGCCUCACCGGCGGUGUUCUCCUGGGUGUGACUGGCCAGGGUGGUGUCUCUUUCUUCGACUGGGCGACUGGUGGUCUGGUGCGCAGGAUUGAGGUAGAGCCGAAGCAGGUCUACUGGUCCGACAGCGGCGAGCUCGUGACCAUUGCGUGCGAAGACUCUUUCUACGUGCUGCGCUUCUCCCGCGAGGCGUACGUCGAGGCUGCGCAAGCCGGUCAGAUCGAGGAGGACGGUGUCGAGGCGGCGUUUGAGGUUAUCACAGACAUCAGCGAAAGCGUGCGCACUGGUGAGUGGGUGGGCGACUGCUUCAUCUACACAAACAGCACGAACCGUCUCAACUACCUCGUCGGCGACCAGACGUACACUGUGUCGCACUUCGACAAGCCCAUGUACAUUCUGGGCUACAUUCAGCGCGACUCGCGUAUCUACCUUGCUGAUAAGGACGUCAACGUCACCUCGUUCGCUCUGUCGCUGCCGGUUCUCGAGUACCAGACCUUGGUGCUGCGUGAAGACAUGGAGACUGCGGCCGAGCUGCUUCCGACGAUCCCUGCCGACCAGAUGAACAAGAUUGCGCGCUUCUUGGAGGGGCAAGGACACAAGGAAAUGGCUCUCGAGGUGGCGACAGAUUCCGAGCACAAAUUCGAGCUGGCGUUGGGCCUGAACCGCCUGGACAUUGCCCUCGAGCAGGCCGAGGAGGUGGAUGCUGAGCACAAGUGGAAGACUGUCGGUGAUGCGGCCCUGGCUGGAUGGGACGUCGCUCUGGCGGCCAAGUGCUUCACCAGGGCUAAAGAUCUGGGCUCGCUGCUCCUGCUACACUCCUCGACAGGUGACCGCGAUGGUCUCCUCGCACUGGCCAAGCAGGCCGAGGAAGUUGGCGCGCACAACGUGGCCUUCUCCAGCUACUGGCUGCUGGGCGACGCCGACCAGUGCACGCAGCUACUGAGCAAGACCGGACGUCUGGCCGAGGCCGUUCUCUUCUCGCAGACAUACAAGCCAAGCUUGACGACUUCGCUGGCGAAACAAUGGAAGGAGAACCUGGAGAAGAACAAGAAGGCCAGGGUCUCCAAGCUGAUCGGACUUCCGGACGAGGACGAGGACCUCUUCCCCGAGUGGGACGCGUGGCUGAAGUUGGAAACGGAGGGCGGCUCUGCACCAGAGGCGCCGCCGGCGGUCGUUGCCAACGGGAAAGAGGAGUCGGAUGAAGAGGCGGAAGAGGACGAGUAG